UCCGGCUACCAGAUGCCAUAAAUGCUACGUGUCAACCCAGCGGAUGGGGCAUACAGAUCGACAUGCACCGUCUAGAGCGUGUGUUUCCAAACUCUAUAACCUCGGACAUAAUUCUCGGAACUGCCGAUUGCUUUGGUUCUCUUAACGGACAUGUCUUAGAAUUUAACUAUGACAUGCGUAGCUGCGGAACAAAAGAAACAACACUUGAUUUCACAAAUGUAUACACAAAUCAUGUGAUCUACGCGUAUCACGAUCCUGUGCAUCCACAUAUAAUUCGAAACUACAACUGGACGGUGACUUUGAUCUGUGAAAUCAUGCGGAAUGGUUCUACUAUUCUCGAUUUCAACCCUUCACAUCCCAACAACACUGGUCCUGGCAUCGAUAACUUGGCAAACUACACUGUUAUCAGGCUUUCUACUCUGACGCUGGAUUUACCCAUCAGUUGCCCAGUCAUCCGUUACAACUAAGUGUUAACACAGAGACCUACUUCAAAGUGUAUACAUCUGAAGCGGGCUCAGGCAACAAGAUGGUCGUCCAGUCCUGUUUUGCAACGCCGACGCAAGACUCAAUCGUUGGACCAAAAUUCCCACUGAUAACAAAUGGUUGCGAAGCGGACCCCAGUGUUCAUAUUUUAGCCUUCGAAAACGUUGAAACCAGGUUCAAGUUUCGAGUGUUUGCCUUCGACAACAAUAACCGAGGUCUUUUCAUUCACUGCAGCACUAAAUUGUGC